UCUGUAUGCUUGAUCUCAGUUCCGAACCGCCGAUCUCAAAAAUUCAAAAACCGAAUUUCUCCCCUCACCCCCCUAUCCGCCAGACGGAAAACCACUUGUUCCACCUCCAGUCCCUUUAGAUUUCUCUAACUUGAAUCAAUAAUUACCUUACCAAUUCAACUUUAACUUCAUUAAUCGAUCUAUACAAUGAGUGAACCCGAGGAGAAUUUUGGUCUGGAAGACAAAAUACUAAGUCUCAUUGAUGUCUGCUUCGAGGACGACUGCCUCUACAAUUCUCCUUUUCGAGAUCAACUUCCCCCCUUUUCAGAUGAUCAGACACGGCACAGAACUGUUCAAAUGGUGGGUGUGCAUGCUCUUGAAGACUCUUUUGGAGGAGAUAAACCAGCCGUUGAACCAUUUGAAUCAGCAGAACAAGAAAAGGCAAGAAAAAAUGAAAAGUACAAUUUGCGCAAAAGUUUAGCCUGGGACAGUGCUUUCUUCACCAGUGCUGGUGUUUUGGAACCAGAGGAGUUAUCUUCUAUUAUAGGAGGAAAUGAGAAAGGAGGAAAAAAUCACAUAUUGCCUGGAAUUCAGGAGGACAUACAGAUAUCUACUGAUUCAAUAUCUACAUUUGCAACUGAUAAUUCGACUUUAGGAACUCUCGAGGAUGAGUUGUUUGGAGAUAUAAGAGCUUCAAUCCAGAAAUCUUGCAAAGGAUCCAAUAAAGCAGUUUCACAUGGUAAAGCAGGGUCUGGAGUAAAUGAAGGCCAAUUUAGCAAUCCUUCAGAGAAAGUGGACAUUGUUGCUCAAAAUAAGUUAAAGACUAAAGCAGCUCCCAGGAAGCCAAAUGUUGGAUCAGGGAAACUGGCAAACGAGGUCUCUCCUAUUCCACAAGCUUCAAAGUCUGGUUUUACGAAUGGAGAGUCAACUUCUUUUCUUCCUAAGCCAGCCAAGAUAGUUGGCCGAGUUAGCCCCAUUUUAUCAACAGCAACCAGAAUAGCCAACAAUGUCAAAGUGGAAAAGGAUAGUCAUUUACAUACACCAAAAACUUUGACUGUGGCAGUUAGAGGAGCUAAACUUCCUACAACGGGUGGUUCACGAAAUACAGUCCCCAAGCCCACAUUUUCUUCCAAAUCCUCUUUACGAUCUUCAGUGGCAUCUGCAUCAGAGUUAACAACUUCUUCCUCCGUUGAUAGUUUGGGAAGCCUAACUUCUGACAGUAGCAGUAGAUGUUCUUUGAAUAGUAUGAAAAGAAAAAUUGAUUCCAAAACUGCCAAUCAUUCUUCUACUGUUUCAACUGCCAAAUCCACGUUGAGAAUUACAUCAAGAAGUAAGAAUCAGUCCAUGAGGUCACAUAUCUCACCUCAUUUGAAGUCCGUGACCAAGGCCAAGCUCUCUGCUAGCAUAUCACCUGCUAGUUCUAUCAGUGAAUGGUCUUUGGGAUCGAUGUCACCAACCUCUACACUUAAUAAAAGAAUUAACAGUUCAAAAUCUAGCCUUAACACUAGCUCUUGUAAAGAUGCUUAUGACAAUGGUGAUGCUCUCCAAGUUUUGCAUUCUCAAAACCAGUCUAGUGACAGAUGCUCAGUUGGACUUGGUACCCAGGCCAUUGGACUGCCAAGUGAGCACGGAAAGAGAGUUGCAACAGGAAGUGGUGCAGUUGUUUGGUCAGAUUCUAUCAUACCAUCAGGGCUUCGGAUGCCAUCACCAAAGAUUGGCUUCUUUGAUGGGGUGAGAUCAACAGUGCGCACUUCCACUGAAAAUACCGAAUCACAUCCAGCUCUACGUGGUGGCUCGUCUAGAUAUUGGGUGGAAAAUGUUAGCCCUAGUGGUCGGUCAAACCAAGCAAAGUUUGGAAAGCUUCAACCUGCUAAAACUGCAUUGGCAGUUCGGGGCACCAAAGAGCGUGCUCCGCGAACUGCCUCAGAGAGCAAACCUAAAUCUCCUUUACCUCUUCAGUCACCAAGUACAGCAUCAAAGGUCACCAAUGCUUCAAGAAAUGGAAAACACUAUCCUGUCGUGCCUCUGAAAGUGCAGAAUAGAAUCUCUCCUGGAACUGGUGGGCAAGAUAAAUUGAAGGCUGAGAAAAUUGCCCCAAGAUAUUGUGACAUAGCAAUAAAAAAUCCAGAUAUUGAUUAUGCGGAAAAGAAUGAUAACUUACACAAGAACAAAACGAGCCCAUAUAAUGAGAAUAAAGGCUCUGUAAAAGAUGAAGAGGUUUUCCCUAUCCUUGGAGGACUUGGUGUUGCAUGCAGCUCAAGAUCAGUAUCUGAGGCUGAAAACAUUACUUUGUCACAGAAAAUGGGUAAAAGUGCUACAUAUGGUCAAAAUAAAAUUUUGGGUUCGCUUGCCAACACCAAUGAAAAAGAAAUUUCUCUUGAAGAUCAAGUUGAUGAUCUGGCUUCACAAAUUGGAGUUGUGGAUAUUCAUAGAGAGCCAGCAAAAACCUGUUCUUGGCUGUUCUCUUCGUCAUGUUAAUGAAAGCAGAGAAGUGAACUCCAGUGCCCAAGAGGAAUUAGUGAAGUUAAUGCUUGCUUCUGCUCUCACCCGUACUAAAGCGGUAAAGGUGGAGACAGAUCAACUAUAGAUGGUUUUUGUAAGGUAUCUAAAUUCUAUAGUAGCUCUCGUAGACUUCAUUGUACUCUUGCAUUUCAAUAGAAUAUUUAAUCUUAGAUCAUUUCUAAUCAUUGAAUAUGGAGUUCUGAUUGCCUAUGAGAACUGCCUUAAUCUUCUAAUGACGUGGAGGUAGUUUUGUCCUUGGACAGAGAAUCGGUUAGAGUAGAAGCUGUUUAUAUUGUAAGACUCCAAGCGAAAGUUAUGUGAAUGUACAUUCUGUGAGAACCUAAAAAACUUAGGAAUUCAGAGAUUUAAUUGUAGUAGCAGACUUUUAUUUUGUGCA